CCUUUUUUAUGUGCAUUCAAGAUCCUAUCUUACCCUUUUCCCUGAAUAAUACUCAAUCUUUAAUCAAUGCGGCUGGGUCUUUUUAAUAUAUUUUUUAAUUCGGAAGGAGCUUAUCUACGAAGUUAGUUAUUUUCUUUGAAAGUUUGAUUUGGAAAGACUAACGACUUCAUUAGAUCCUGAGCAUUCCGAUUGACACAAGCUUCUCUUUGGAAAUGUUCAAACUUUUGUGGGGUUCUCAGGAGCAACCAGCUCCUUCACAUAGGCAGGAAACUCCAUCUGUUGUCAGUUCUGCCAGUUCUUCCGAAAGCAUCAGUCUAUCAAGGCCUUCAGACAGACAGAGCUCCUCAUCACAUGUAUCUCCUGCAGAGACUGCUUCCAUCAUAGAUGUACUUAAACAUAAAAGUGUUGAUGAGCUUCGUAAGCUUCUCUCUGACAAGGAUGCUUAUCACAACUUACUAGUUUCACUUGAGACUGUCAAAACUCAAAACAAGGUAAGGGAUGAGCUUCGUAAUGAAACACUCCAGCUGGCUAGAGGGAACCUAGAAAAAGAACCGAGGAUCACGGAGCUUAGAAAUCAGUGCAGGAUAAUUAGAACAACUGAAUUAGUUGCUGCUCAACAAACGCUACACGAACUGGAAAGAAGAAAAGAGGAGUUCCUGAAGUACUACUCCCCUGCAUACCUUUUGCAUAGACUUGAAGAGGCAACUAAUAAAACAGAUGACGAUUCUGAAGCCCUACAUAAGCAGCUUCUUGGUCGAGAAAUUGAUCUUACUACAUUUGUGCAGAAGUACAAGAAACUGCGUCACACAUACCACAAAUAUGCAUUAACUCACCUCGCAGCCAAGACAUCCAUAUAACAAGCUAAACUUUUAGUAACGAUUUUAACUUAAAUUACUAUUCAUUCGGUUGUUUUAUUACUGCCCAUUGUGGUUUGGUGGAUAAAUAAAUCCUGUAGUUAUUCAUUUUUUUCAUUGUCGUAUACUGGAAAAUACUAUAUGUGUGGCACAGUUAGAUUUUCAGAAAACCAUGGGACAUGAUGAAAUUUCUUGAUGGAUGGAAAUAUGCAAUCCCGGAUGCAGGGCCGGCCUUGAGGGUGUUCAACCGGAGCCAGUGCACUGGGCCCCAUAUGAUGAAAGGGCCUCCACAUAUUGAUUCUUUAGGAAAAUAAUAAUAAUAAUUUAAUUGAUA